UCCCGGUCCUGAAAUCCAUCGCACCCAAGGUUUGUGGUCUGUAUACAAACUUUGUGGUAUUUCUCCUUUUUGGAUUUUGGUCCAACAUCUUGCCCUCCUCUCUUUCCUGCCUGUGAGGCACACGUAACCGCUCGAAAAUGGCCGACAUCGAAGCCGACGACAAGACCGCACCGGUCCAGAACCUGCCUGGCGUCCGCUCCGUGUCGCCUGUAGACAUGACUGAAAAACGAAAUGCCUCGGUCCUAUCCACAUCCGCUGCGGCCCAGAAGAUCCUCGCGCACAGCAACGAUGCCGACGAAGCCAUGAAGGCGUACGCCUCAGGCGAGGUCGUCGAGAUCGACGAGGCGACCAACAAGCGGUUGUUGCGCAUCAUUGAUUUCCACCUCAUGCCUUUGCUGUGUGUCAUUUACGGGUUGAAUUACUUGGACAAAACAACCCUGUCGUACGCCAGUAUCAUGGGCAUCAAGACGGAUAUUGGCCUCGUGGGCGACGAUUACCAGUGGCUCAGCAGUAUGUUCUACUUUGGGUAUCUGGCCUGGGAGUACCCUACAAACCGGUUGUUGCAGAGGCUGCCUCUGGCAAAGUAUUCUGCUUUCUGUGUCGUGAUGUGGGGGAUUGUGUUGAGUCUGUUUGCCACGGUCAACAAUUACAGUGGCGCUAUUGCCGUGAGAUUUUUCUUGGGUAUCUUCGAAGCAGCAGUCACGCCCGGUUUCGCGCUGUUUACAUCCCAGUGGUACACCAAGAGAGAACAAGGCACUCGUGUGGGCUUUUGGUUCUCGUUCAACGGCUUCGGCCAGAUUUUCGGUGGGCUGGUCGCGUACGGUAUUGCGGUAGGCGCGAAGAAGCACGGUACCGCGAUUGCGCCGUGGAAGAUUGUUUUCUUGGUCAAUGGCUGCUUGACUGCUUGCUUGGGAGUGGUUUUCUUCUUCAUCAUGCCUGAUAACCAGCUCAAUGCGCGGUGGCUGAAACCUAAAGAUCGUAUCUUGGCCGUGGAACGAGUGAGGGUCAAUCAGCAGGGGAUCGGGAAUCGGCAUUUCAAAUGGUACCAGAUGAAGGAAGCGCUGCUGGAUCCGUUGACGUGGGCAUUUGUGUUUUAUGCCCUGACGGCAGAUAUCCCGAACGGUGGGAUUAGCAAUUUCUUUUCGCAGCUGAUUGUAUCUUUCGGCUACACGGCCGACGAGUCGCUGUUGUACGGCACGCCCGGCGGCGCGGUCGAAGUCGUAUCGCUCAUGUUUUGUGGGUGGUUGGGCGAUCGUCUGGGCCAGCGCGUCUUGGUCAGCAUGGGCGGUCUGGUGACUGCACUGCUCGGCAUGAUUUUGAUCGUCGCACUGCCCUUGGACAAUAAUUCGGGCAGAUUGGCCGGAUACUAUCUCACGCAGGCGAGCCCGACGCCGUUCGUCGCACUCCUCAGUCUCAUCGCGACCAAUGUCGCUGGCUACACGAAGAAGACGACCGUCGCGGCGCUGUACCUGGUUGGAUAUUGUGUGGGGAAUAUCAUUGGACCGCAGACUUUCCGACCGAAGGAUGCGCCGCGGUAUCAGCCUGCGGAGAUCACUAUCAUUUGCUGCUGGGGCGCGUGUUUGAUUGAUUUGGCUUUCAUUUGGUGGUAUUGUAAUCGCCAGAAUAAGAUCAAGGCUCUCAUCAGGCAGGAGCCGGGGUAUGUCAAGUUGGAGAAUCAAGAGUGGCUUGAUUUGACUGACAAGGAGAAUCCUGAGUUUACGUACAGCUUGUGAGCGGCAUGACCUGGGGAUGGGUUGUGGUUGUGCCGAAGCCGUGUCCGUGGGGGAAAGACAGCUAGCUCAGGAGAAGCCGAGUGCAGUGAGACAGGCAGGGAGUGACAUGGGUGGGAGCCAGAUUAAUGCAUGAGACUUCGCUGUGGGAUGAU